AUGCUGCGCGGGCGCAAGGUGAAAUUUGUGCCGGGGUGGGACUGCCAUGGGCUGCCCAUCGAACUCAAAGUGCUCCAGUCAAUGGACAGCAAGGCGAGGCAGGGCCUAACGCCCAUCAAGCUGCGCAAGAAGGCAGCCCAGUUCGCCCUCAAGACCGUCGACAAGCAGCGGCAGGCCUUCCGGCGCUACGGUGUGUGGGCAGACUGGGAGCACCCCUACCUCACUCUGCGGCCCGCCUACGAGGCGGCUCAGCUGGGCGUGUUCGCCCGCAUGGUGCUCAACGGUCACAUCUACCGCGGCAGGAAACCCGUACACUGGAGUCCCUCCUCCCGCACCGCCCUUGCUGAAGCUGAGCUUGAGUACCCAGACGUGCAUGUCUCUCGAAGCAUCUACACCACCUUCCCUCUGCGCUCCCUCGCCUCCUUCCUGCCCGCCUCCCUCACCCCCCUCCUCCCCUCGCUCGCCCUGGCCAUCUGGACCACCACACCCUGGACCAUCCCUGGCAACGCUGCUGUCGCUGUCAACGAGCGAAUCUCCUACUCCCUUGUUGAAAUCGGUCCUCCUGCCGCUGCCGCUGAUGCUGACUCUGCUGCCAGUGCUGGUGCUGCUGCUGCUGCUGGUUCCGCUGCUGAUGGUGAUGCUGCUGCUGCUGCUGCUCCUGCUCCGACCUUUGGCAAGGGCAAGAGGAACACUGGCUCUCUCCUCUCUUCCCUCUCCUCUGUUGCACCCAGCAGUGCCGCUCCUCCCACCACGCGCCACGUCAUCGUUGCCACCGACCUCAUCCAAUCCCUGCAGGCCACGUGGCGCUGCUCCCUCACCCCAGUCGCCACUUUCCCCGGGUCCCACCUCGAGGGCUCCACCUACCAGCACCCGCUGGACGGCAGGAUUUGUCCCGUAGUGGUGGGGGGGGAAUACAUCACCACGGAAUCCGGCACGGGAUUGGUCCACACGGCGCCGGGGCACGGGCAGGAGGACUACGCUACGGGGCUUAAGUACGGUCUGGAGUUAAUCUCCCCUGUGGAUGAUGAGGGGAGGUUUACUGCGGAGGCCAAGGGCGGGGAGUUUGAGGGGCUGAGCGUGCUGGGGGAAGGCAAUGCCGCUGUGAUGGCGGCUUUGAAUGGGAACGGAGCACUGCUGCUGGAAGAGGCUUACGAGCACAAGUACCCCUAUGACUGGCGCAGCAAGCAGCCAACAAUCUUUCGAGCCACGGACCAGUGGUUCGCCUCUGUCAAUGGCUUUAAGGAGGAGGCACUAGAGGCCAUCCGAGGGGUGCAGUGGUUUCCCCCCCAGGGUGAGAAGCGCAUAACAGCCAUGGUGGAGGGGCGCUCUGACUGGUGCAUCUCACGGCAGCGUUCCUGGGGUGUGCCCAUCCCCGCCUUCUAUCAUAUUGAGACCGGCGAGCCGCUGCUCACUCAAGAGACCAUAGCUCAUGUUCAAGCCAUUGUGGCAGAGAAGGGCAGUGACGCGUGGUGGGAGAUGGAGGUGGCAGACCUGCUGCCCCCCUCGCUGCGCGACCAGGCGCCGCAGUACCGCAAGGGCUCUGAUACCAUGGACGUCUGGUUUGACUCCGGCUCCUCCUGGGCCUCCGUCCUCGCCUCCUCGCCCUCGCCCUCGCCCUCCACCUCUGCCUCUGCCUCUGGCUCUGAUACCAAUGGAGCUGCUUCAAGCAGCAGCUCUGAUUCAGGGCUCAACUUCCCAGCGGAUCUGUAUCUGGAGGGCAGCGACCAGCACCGCGGGUGGUUCCAGAGCUCGCUGCUGACAGGCGUGGCCGCAGCCGGCACGGCGCCGUACCGGGCUGUGCUGACCCACGGGUUUGUGCUGGACGAGAGGGGCAUGAAGAUGAGCAAGUCGGUUGGGAACGUGGUGGAUCCCUUGACUGUUAUCAAUGGAGGGAAGAAUCAAAAGACCGAGCCAGCGUACGGGGCGGACGUGUUGCGGCUGUGGGUGGCAUCGGUGGACUACAGUGGCGACGUGGUGAUCGGGCCGACCAUCGUGAAGCAGAUGAGCGACGUGUACCGCAAGCUGCGAGGCACCCUGCGCUUCCUUCUCGGCAACCUGCAUGAUUACGAGCCCUCCGAGGCAGUCCCAUACGCCAGCCUGCCUGCUCUCGACCGCUAUGCACUGCGCCGCCUGGCAGAUGUGAUGCAAGAUGUGCAGCAGAGCUACGACGACUUCCAGUUCUACCGCUUCUACCAGUUGAUACAGCGAUUCGCGGUGGUGGACCUUUCCAACUUCUAUUUCGAUGUCUGCAAGGACAGGCUCUAUGUGGGUGGUCAAGAUUACCUUACCAGGCGGGCGUGCCAGACGGUGCUAGCACACCACCUCACCGCCUUCCUAGCAGCCAUCGCCCCCGUGCUACCCCACAUGGCUGAGGACGCCUGGCAGAACCUUCCCAGCAACUUCCCCCGGCCCGUUCCCUCCGUCUUCCAAAUGCCGUGGCCCAAGCCGGAAGCUGAUUGGCUGUCGUUCGGGGAAGCUGAGCUGGUUACAUGGGGCACGCUCAUUGAGCUGCGAUCGGAGGUGAACAAGGUGAUGGAGCGAGCACGCAUGGGCAAGCUGAUCGGAGCCAACCUCGACGCAGCAGUCUACCUGCACACGCCCAGCCCCUCCCUCUCCUCCGCCCUGCUAGCCCUCUCCGACUCCUCUGCUUCCAGUAGUGCCGCAGCAGCCACUGACGACUCAGCAGCAGCAGAGGAGGGGAGGGAAGGGAGCGGGCAGAAGGGGAUGAAGGAGCUGCAAGCAGUGGACAGCCUUCGGACGGUCUUCCUCUCCUCUCAAGUGCACGUGCUUCCCUCUGAGGCGGAUCUUGCCUCGCUCGGCCUCGAGUUCUCAUCUGAUGUGGAGGUGCAGUGGAACGGGGAGGCCGCACGCGUGCUGGUGGCGGUGGGGAGGGCUGCGGGCGGCAAGUGCGAGCGCUGCUGGAACUUCUCGCAGGCGGUGGGGUCGCUUGCAGGGCACCCUACUCUGUGUGCUCGGUGCCACUCCGUUGUGGCUGAUCUGGUUGUCAUGGCGUGA